AUGAAUAGAUAUAUUCAAUAUAUUAUUCUAUGGCUUAUAAGCAUAACCUUUACCUUAGUUAUAUCCAAUGAAAGUGUACCAGCUGUACAAAAGAACUGUGCACACCUUAAUGAUUCUUGCAGUCGGGUUUUCUUUCGUCACUGUUGUGACAAAUUAGUUUGUCAUGGGUUCUUCAAUGGAAUAUGUGUUCAAUGUCUUGGUACAAAUAAAUUAUGUAUUUGGAGCUCAGACUGUUGUAGUGGAAGCUGUUGGUUUUUCCACUGUCAAGAAAAAUAUAGUAAUGUUAGUACAGAUAUUGUGAAUACUACAGAAACCCAACAAAAUGAGACCACUUUAUAA